AGAAAAUUUUUGAACGAAAGCGCACGUGGGAACGUCGUGUUUUUCUACGCUUAGAUGUUAUAAAUUUGUUGUAUUUCAACUUUAUUUAUUAUGGUAGUAGCUGAAAUCGUUGAGAAAACGAUGAAAAAGCCAACAGUAAAAGUGUCUGUUUCCGAUUCCGACUCAUCUUCUUCCGAUAGCACCGAUGAAUUGAAAAACGAAGAACACGAUAAUGAGCAGAUUCUUGAAGCGGAUGGUGAAAGCAGCGAUGGAAGCAAUACUGAUUCUGCAGAAUCAAGUUCACUUGUAACUAAUAAAGGUUGGGCAGACUCAGUAGCUAAAAUCCUCGGUUCCAGUAAACCAAAACACAAAAAAUCACUGGUACUAUCGAGAGCUAAGAAAUAUGUAGAAACAAUAAAAAAGGAAAAAGAUGUAAAGCCAGAAUUUGAGGUAAUCGGAGAAAGUAUAGACAUAAAGAAAGAAGAAGAACACAAAGAAGAGAAAUGUGAUGGAGAACCACCAACUAAAAGAAUAAAACAUGAAAAGCCUACAAUUCGAGUGAAACCAAAUAUAUUAGAGAAAGAUAGAGAGAGAUUAUUAGCAAAAAUAGCUACAAAGGGAGUAGUACAAUUAUUUAAUGCAGUAAGAAAUCAACAAAGAACAUUGGAAAAAGAUAUAAACAAAAGUAACUUGACAGAAGGUAAAAAGGAGAAGAUACUGAAGAAAUUCGAUAAGAGAACAUUUUUAGAUAAGUUGAUGGGUCAAACAAAGUCAAUAAUUGUGGACAAAGAAGCAAAUACUGUAAAGGAUGAGGUAAAAGUUGAAGACAGUGUUCCUAAAUGGAAUGCACUGAGGGAUGACUUCAUGAUGGGUGCUAAAAUGAAAGAUUGGGAUAAGGAGUCAGUAGAUGAAUAAAUUUUUUAAUAAAAUUCUAAUUUAUUUUUGUGAUAAUACAUAAUUUAAGUUAAACUUAACUAUAACUAGUUAAUAAUUGUGGUUAAGAAUUUUAUUAAAAUUUAAUUGGUCUAUU